AUGCAAGCUGCAUCCUCCACAGAUUCACCACCACCUGCCAGCGCAGGAGCUGCUGAAGAAGUUGGAGAGCCUAAAAAGGGGAAUGACCCCACAGCGCUCUCUGUGCUGACCCAGGCCAUCACUGGACAAGUGGGGUUCAUGGACACAGAGUUCUGUACAACGUGUGGAGAAAAGGGAGCAGGGAAGAGGUGCUCUGUCUGUAGAACAGUGAUUUACUGUGACUCGACGUGUCAGAAGCUGCAUUGGUUCACUCAUAAGAAAGUGUGUAAAACGCUGCAGGAGCAGAGAGAGCAGCGCGAGGCAGAGGCAGCCAAACUCCGACGGCAGCAAGAACUCAGCCCGGCAGCACAGGAAGCCGUGGAGGCACUUUCUGUAAAAAGCAGCAGUGAAGGAAGAGAGCCAGCAGCUGUGAACUCUGUGGCCAUUGUGGCUGCAGACAACUAA